AUGUCUCACCUUUCAAAACAACCAGUCGACGCUUCGAUGGGAGCUAGUGAGAAUCAUCAGCGUCUUUGCGAGAAAUCUUCCACGGAAUCUUCUCAUGGACAUUCACAAUUGCAACCAUCACUUCUUCCACAAGAUACUCACAGUGUCAAACCACAAACACUCGACACGACGACCACGAAACAGCCACCCAUAGCGACAAACUGGACUGGAACUAAUGACAUGGACAACCCUCACAAUUGGUCUACAUGGAAACGAUCCUAUCACAUCAUCAUCCCCGCUUUAUUCGGUUUCGCCGUAACAUUUGGAACCUCUGUCUACACACCCGCACUGCCAGACAUAAUGCGCGACUUCAACGUCUCCCGAACGCUAGCGCUCUUAGGCUUGACCGUCUACACCAUUGGUCUCGCCCUGGGGCCAAUCUUGACCGCGCCCCUGAGUGAACGCUACGGGCGGAAAAUCAUCUACAUGGUCCAUUCGCCCAUUUUCAUGCUCUUCACGCUUGGCGCCGGAUUCUCCAAGAACUUUGCAAGUCUGUGUGUCUGUCGCCUGCUUGCCGGUGCGUCGGGAAGUCCGGGGCUGGCUGUGGGUGCGGGGACGAAUGCGGAUUUGUUUCCUCCGCAUCAGAGGGCGGUUACGACGAGCUUGUUUCUCAUGGCGCCUUUUGCUGGGCCUGCGUUAGGCCCGGUUGUUGGUGGCUUCAUCGCCCAAUACAAAUCCUGGCAGUGGACUCAGUGGAGUAUGAUCUUCAUCACGCUCGCUAUUACCCUCGCCGGCCUGCCCAUGCAAGAAACAUUCAAACCCGUGAUCCUUGCACGACGGGCAAAGAAAGCCGGAAUCUCUCUUCCAGUCAAGCCCCCACAAUCCCAAGCAGGCUUAACUUUCAUCGUCAUCGGUAUCGGUGUCCUGCUCGGCGGUCUCACCAGCAUCCUCAUCGACCGCACAGUCUACCAGCGCAAAUACAAGCACGCCAUCACGGCUGGCAAGCAAAUCGUUGAGCCCGAGCAUAGACUCUACAGCGCCAUGAUAGGGGGCACGGGGGUUGUGGUUGGCUUGUUCUGGUUCGGAUGGUGUGCGGAUCGGGAUGUGCAUUGGGCGAUUACCUUGUUGGGUGCUGUGCCGUUUGCCUGGGGAAAUGUGUGUUUGUUUGCGUCUUCAGCGUUAUACCUCACGGAUGUGUAUGGGUUUCAGUACGGCGCGUCGGCCAUGGCGGCGAAUGGGAUAGCGCGGUAUACACUUGGUGGUAUCUUUCCGCUGUUCACAGUGCAGAUGUACGAAGCCCUGGGUAUUGGCUGGGCAACUUCGCUUCUCGGGUUCCUCGCGCUGGCCAUGAUACCCAUACCCUUCAUCUUCUUCAAGUACGGCCGCGCGAUUCGGGCAAAGAGCAAAUACCCCGUCGUCAUAUGA